AUGGAGCGGUUGAUGCGAUUGAAUACCGUAUAUGAGGAUACUAUUUUCGUUGAUUUCGUUUCUACUCAGGAAGCGCGCAAAGCUGCGGCUAAUAGUAGCGAAGAUGACGUCAGCCGGAAACGAAAAAAGGAGAUGGACGAUCAGGGCUUCACAUAUUCUUGGUCAACGGAGCAAAAAGUGCGACCUGGUUUGAAUGUGUUCGACGAGAAAGGCAACGAACUUGAGUGGGAUUACGAGCAUGACACCAGGUUCUUUGAUGAUCCUAGCGUUGAUCCACCGAAAGAUGAGUUGAAAACCACGGAGGUCGAAGGACGAGGUGCGAAGAAAGGAUCGUUUCUAUUCAAUGGCGAAGGUGGAACGCUAGCUUCAGAUGAUAUAGAUGAGAUAUCUUUGAAGCGUCGACGCAUUUCUGCACGAUUAACCGCAGACGAUGAAGAUGACGAGGAAGAGGAGGGGUCUUGGGAACGCAAACCAGUUUCUCCCACACCUCAGCCAUGGGACAGACCCAAGGGUCGGCUCGCUAAUCGGGUUACCAGGUUGUAA